UUGGUCUGCAAUUUGGUGGGAAAUGCCACCGAAAGGAGAGCGCCUCCACACAUAAACACCCAACGUGGCUGAAGAAUUUGGUGGAAUUCCCGACAAUCUUGUUCUUGUUCUUGUUCUUUUUUUUUUUUGGUGGACUUUUUCUGUUUGAUUUGAUGUUCCAAAUUUCGUAAAGAAAGUGGCCUAACUGAUCUUUGCCGUUCCUUUGACAUUCCACAUCGAAUCUUUUCUUUUUGAUAACCUUAUAUCACACAAGCCAUAGCCAUUACCACCUUCGAUCCCGAAAGGAAGACAAAACAGAGAGAUCACCGAUACUGGGUUCUGGUCAAAGAUAACCGGGUUCCAUCGCAGAUAUCUAUCUGCGAUUGGACGAAUGGUUCUUUCCCUUCGAAUGCUUUCAUGAGAAAAAUGCGGUUCCUGAUUGUACAUUCUUUUUUCCGGGCCGUGUCUGCUGUGUUUUAGUUCGCGAUCUUGCCGGGGUUAGAUUGUUUAUGUGAAUGCUUAGCCGUUGAUUGUUCGCCGUAUUGUUGUUGAAGAGGACGGGGAAAGUUUCUGAUCCUAGUAGCGCUUUGGCGUAUCGAUGAAGCACCAGGUCUGGCGUGUAGUUGGGCUCCGGAGCAUCCUCAGGCUACCGCUGACGCAGGUCCCGCAUCUCCCCAAGCUGGCUCCUACCCUCUCAGGGAGCUCGAGAUCGAGGCGGCUUCUAAAGAAUGGAGAGAACUCGAGGGAGGCAUUGCUGGGAGAGGCUGGAGAAGGGACCAACCAGAGGGUCCCGAAAGGAUACUUGGCGGUCUACGUGGGGCCUGAGCUGAGGCGGUUCGUGAUACCAGCGAGCUGCCUGGCGAUGCCCGAGUUCAGGAUGCUCAUGGAUAUGGUGGCUGAGGAGUUCGGGUUCGAGCACCAAGGGGGGAUACGCAUUCCGUGCGAAGAGGCUCAAUUCGAGGAAAUCCUAGCGCGGUGUCUCGAACUGAAGAGCAAGAGGAAGAAACUAUAAAGCCUCAAGAGGAUCGUAACUCGUAAGGUCUGGUUUUAGAGAGACCGAGAGACAGACAGAUUGAUUCAUUGAUCCUUGCUCUUCUUCUCCUCUUCUGUUAAUAAUUUUACAUAGAUAGCCUCUUCUCUGCA